AUGUCGUCGUUAGGAACUCCGGCACGUAGAGCCAUCUGCUUGCUAGCUGCUGUGUCCAUCGUCCUUAGCACGGUCAGUCUCCGUUGCGAUGCCAGCAGGUCCUCCGCCGAUUUCUCACCUGACGAUGAUGACUAUGGACACGACGAGAACGGCGGCAACUCAUCCUCCUCCUCCUUCUCGUUCACCUUCCAGCCGGAGACGAGUUCACCCGGUCUGGUCUUCGGGUUCUACGACGAGACAUGCCCGGACGCCGAGGACAUCAUCUCGUCCACGAUGCGCAAGCUCUACCACUCCGACCCCAACGUCGCCGCUGCGCUCGUCCGCCUCUUCUUCCACGACUGCUUCAUCCACGGCUGCGACGCCUCGGUGCUGCUGGACGUCGUCGACGGCGGCCGGAAAUCAGAGCGCGACGCCGGGCCAAACCAGUCGCUACGAGGCAUGAGCGCCAUCGAGGAGAUCAAGCGGAGAGUGGAGGCAGCGUGUCCAAGAACCGUCUCCUGCGCGGACAUCCUGGCGCUCGCCGCGCGAGACAGCGUCGUCCUCGUCGGCGGACCAACCUACCCGGUCCUCACGGGCCGCCGCGACAGCGCGCAGAGCUUCUACCACGACGCCGCCGCCGGCGGCAUCCCGUCGCCGAACGCCACGUACGGCAUGACGCUGGCAGCGUUCGCGCGGCACGGGCGGGAGUUCACGGAGCGGGAGACCGUCGCGCUGUUAGGAGCGCACAGCAUCGGGAAGGUGCGGUGCAGGUUCUUCGCCGACAGGAUCUGGAACUUCGCCGGCACCGGCGCGCCUGACGACUCCAUUGAUCCGGACAUGGUCGGCGAGAUGCGCGCGGUGUGCGGCGGCAGCGGCGGCGAUGAUGGCGAUGGCGACGACGACGGUGCGGCGGCGAUGGAGAUGGGGUAUUACAGGCAGGGACGGGAGGUGGGAUUCGGCGCGCACUACUACGCGAGGUUGUUGGAAGGCCGCGGCAUCCUGCGCGCCGACCAGCAGCUCACCGCCGGGAGCACCGUGCGGUGGGUGCGCGUGUACGCGUCUGGAGCGCGUGGGGAGGAGGUGUUCCGUGAGGACUUUGCGCACGCCAUGGUUAAGCUGUCGGGGCUCGCGCCACUCACGGGGUCAGCUGGGCAGAUACGGAUUAGCUGCUCCAAACCUGUUGUCCAUGAUAACUGA